GUCGAUCUGGAAGGGACACAUUUGGCUGCUGCAUAAAUUCCUUGUUGGCUGGGUGGAUCAGGUUGUGGAGCCUAUAUUCUGUGGUUCCUGCGAUUCGGUCGUCUUAGCCUGCUCUCCGCGUCGUCCUUCUUUCAGCGCGAAUUCCUUUCUUGAAGCGCUCUUGCGUUUCCUAAUGUAUAUCUGACUCGCUCCAAGGCUCCGAGAAAGCUGAAGCGACUUGCAUUCAAACACCGACGUUGCAAAAACCAGAUCCGAGUUUCCCCAGCCGCCAUCGGCCAUCGUAUUGAAUCUACUAGAUUGGUCCAUACGCUAACCCCUCCCUCCUAAACCCCAGGCGAUAAUCCAUACGUACCUGAGGCGAUUCACAGCGAUCAGUAGCGAUGGUUGUGCAACCUUGUGCCUCAGUCGUUCUCCGGACCGUCUCUCUUUCGACGAGUAAAUGUUUUGGAACAACACAGGGUCUUAGUAUCCCAUCCCCGUUACUAGCCGAUCGAUGCGUAGUAAGAGCAGGAACACUGCAGCGACGUUCUGCGGUAGUUUCAAGAGGCCAAGCACAGGCGUCGCUUCGAUGGCCAUCCUUGAAUCCACAACCAAGUGGGUUUGAUUCAUCUCGUCUUCGCCAACCGUCGCUUGCCUCCGUCGCACGUGUCGCAUCAGUCGACCACGACGGCUCCCGAAGAACAAACCGUCGCAGUGCGACCGUCGCUUUCGUCCACCAGCAAACCUCCUCCGAUACCUCGACUCCGCCUAUCAUCAGCAACUUACCGACAACUUCCGUCCACACCCACACAAACCGUUCUCCACACACCAACACCGAUUAUUCCACCUACGCCAACCAUUCCACCUUAACGAACACCAAAACCAACACCAACACCGACCCUGCGACCUUCGCGUCUUACGGACAAAUGGCAGCCUCUUCGAGCCGCCAAGCCGAACACGUGGCGCAUGGUGGCUGGUCGUCAGCUACGUCAGCAUCGCGGCCAACUGCGUCGCAACACAUGGCGUCGAUCUCGGCGGCUCCGCCAAUCAGAUUCGGGGCGGAAGGAGCGCCGGCUGACUUUCCCGUGCUCUGCCUCGGCUUCGUAGCGUGCUCGAUUACGGCUGCGCUGUCUGUCAUGCUCGUUGCUGCAGUGCCUGCCCUUCUGGCGAUUCGCAAGGCAGCACAGGCGCUGGAGAGACUAGCAGAGGUGGCUCGGGACGAGCUGCCAGGGACCAUGGCGGCUGUGCGGCUGUCAGGCAUGGAGAUGAGCGACCUGAGCAUGGAGCUGAGUGACCUCAGCCAGGAGAUUUCUCAGGGGAUCAGGAGUUCUGCCCGAGCUGUGCGACUGGCCGAGGAUGGGCUGCGAAGAGUUGGCAGCCUGGCAGCUUCGCGCACUGCAGCCAUCAUUGAGGAGAGAGCAGUUGUGCCUGUUCCCUCAGUCACUCCAGUCAUUGCUUCUGCUGCACGGAGCACAAAGAAUGCAAUCAGAGGGGCAAGAAAUGUGGUCUCACAAGUUUCCCUCAUUGGUCACUUGUCCAACUUCCUUCAGUGGUCAGAAAAGCGAUAACAGGAGUUUCAUGACAAUGGUCCACGAGGCCUCCUCAGUGUAGCUAUGAAUACUUUGUGUGUGGCAAUUGUUGAUAACAAUAUUAUUUACAAACCCCCUUUCA